GUUUUAUUCUUAACUUACUUCACACACAAAACUCGCUCUAUCUUUAAUCAUCGAACCGAACCAAACCUUCUGAUCUCUGAAGAAAAUUUCUUCUUUCAAUCCAAUCUCAACUCAAACAUGUCUUGCUGUGGAGGAAACUGUGGCUGUGGAUCUGCUUGCAAGUGCGGAAGCGGCUGUGGAGGGUGCAAGAUGUACCCCGAUUUCAGUUACAUGGAGAAAACCACGUCCGAGACUCUCAUCAUCGGUGUUGCACCGGCGAAGCCAGAAUUGGAGGGGUCUGAGAUGAGCGAGGGAGCAGAGAACGGAUGCAAGUGCGGAGACAACUGCAAGUGCGAUCCAUGCACUUGUAAAUGAGAUCAACUGCUCAUCAGUUCUUGAAGAAGAUCGUUGAGUUUAGUAUUAUAUUAUGUUAAGAUUUAAAAGGGUCUGUUUUUUUUUGGUUUCGUACUGUUGUUUUUGGACUCUCUUUAUGAGUUAGAAUAAAGUAGCCAUGGCUUUUCUCAGUACUAAAAGUGAUUAUGCUAGGUUGGUUUGUCAAUCUCAUCUGAUCAUGAUCUUGUUCUUGUUUCGGAUAUUUAAUACAUAAAUGUUUAACAACUAGCUAUAUAUUUGUGUGUCUGUCUUUGAUGAGUUUUUAAUGAAAUGGAAGAAAGAAGCUCAUGGUUUAUCUA